AUGGCCUAUCUUUUAUUGUACGUGGAUGAUAUCAUCAUUACUGCUUCCAAUAAUACUUUCUUGCGGUCCAUCAUUGCAACACUCUCACGAGAAUUCGCAAUGUCCGACCUUGGCCCUUUACAUCAUUUCUUGGGGAUCUCGGCUUCACGUGAUAAACAUGGGAUUUUCCUACACCAAUCAACUUAUGCUCGGGAAAUACUUCAGCGCGCAUCAAUGUCUAAUUGCAAACCUUGCAGUACUCCAGUUGACAUGUCAGCGAAGUUGAGUGCUUCAGAUGGUGAUCUUUUGUCUGACGGUACCCUAUAUCGGAGUUUGGCAGGUGCUCUCCAAGGCACUUUAGACUAUGGUCUACGACUUACAGUCUCCCCUAACUCAUCUCUUACGGCUUACUCUGACGCCGAUUGGGGAGGAUGUCCUGACUCACGACGGUCAACAUCUGGUUAUUGCGUUUAUCUUGGUGACAAUCUUAUUUCAUGGUCAUCUAAGAGGCAGUCUACUAUUUCUCGCUCGAGUGCCGAAGCAGAAUAUAGGGGCGUUGCUAAUUCCGUUGCCGAAACAACGUGGCUCCGAAAUUUACUCUUAGAACUUCAUGUUCCGAUCAACCGAGCCACAGUUGUGUAUUGUGAUAAUGUAUCCGCAGUUUAUUUAACUAGAAAACCUAGUUCAACAUCAAAGGACUAA